GUGCGAGAUUGUGAGUUCGUAUAGGGUUGUUCUUUGUUGAUCUGUGUAUAUGAAAGCGAUUGUCUUCAAUAAAGCACGGUAAAGUCUGCUUCUUUGAUCCCAUUCUGUGUUUGUUCUUUCAUUGUCAGUUGAUCUUGAAAGGCGGGAAUGGUUGACAUGGCCUUGUUAUGCAUGCUUCAUUGUCUAGCGAUGAAUGGCAUAGAACGAUGCCAUGCCUUGUUCUAUAGACAAUGGCUGGGUUCAUUGAAGAAAAGCAGAAUGUGCCAUUCCACCCUCUCUCGAAGAGAGUUCAGCAUCAUAAUUAGUCGCAAUGUAAAGCUGACUGGAUUGCUCCAGUGCCAGAAAAUAUGCGGCAGUCUAUCGAUCUUUGUGGAUGCAAGAUGCAGUAUUCCGACUAUCAGACUGUUUCAUCCGACCCGGUCAGGCACUGCUAUUCCUGUUCAGGCGUCUGGUAGAAAAGGGCUCAGGGGCUUGAUGACCCUCUCAAUCAAGCCUGUAGACGCCUGGAGACAGACCAGCCACUAACAGGGUUGGAAAUAACUACAGGGGGAAUACACUCCAAAUU